GUCAACUCCGGUCGGACUGCAGCUUCAUCAUCGUCAUCCUCCUCCUCCUCAUCAGCAUCACUGGCAUCUUGUCCAAGCGCGCGGCUGAAUUCCUUUUUCCUAGAGCCAUGCGCGUGCACAAGGAUGAAUCGCGCAACCUCUUGUUUUUGUUGUGCUUUUUGAUGAAGACCAGUGCUGCUAUAAAGAACGACGCUACGGAGAUUGUGUAUCCCCACAUGGCGGAGGAUCCCAGAGAAGAACCCGCGGAUGAAGCGGCUCUGAAUCGCGCGCGCGGUGGAGGUAGGGGGUCCGAGAGCGCGGCACGGGAUCGAGCCGAUCCAGGUCCAAUGGGCUGCAGAGAACUGCGCUCCACGAAGUACAUCUCGGACGGCCAGUGCACCAGCAUCAACCCCAUUAAAGAGCUGGUGUGUGCAGGAGAGUGCCUCGCUGCCCAAGUGCUCCCCAACUGGAUAGGAGGAUAUGGUAAAAAGCCGAGGAGCCGACGGGGCAGCCAGGACUGGCGCUGCGUUAAUGACAAGACCCGCACCGAACGCAUUCAGCUGCAGUGCCAGGAUGGCAGCACCAGGACCUACAAGAUCACAGUGGUGACUGGCUGCAAGUGCAAACGUUACCUGAAACAGCACAAUGAAUCAGCAAACAAGUCUGAGAGCAUUACUCAACGUCAGCAGAUCCACAAGCCCAAAAGCAAGCGGAAGCACCGGAAUAGCAAGGUGAACGGGAAUUGGCACGAGUCGGAGUCCUGAGGCUCUGAAUGAAUAUUUAAAAAAUAAAGACUCUGGACUACCUGUGAAAAAAGGACCGCAGAGAGCUCAGGAGCAGUGGACAAUGAUUAUAAGGAUAAAAAGAUUGAAUGGAAAUUGAUGGCUAUUCCAGAUGAAAUGGCUUCAGACCAAACUCAGCCUUCAGCAAAGUGCCACACAAUCACUGCUCGUGCUUCCUAUACAAUCCAUAACGACUUUAUGCCAGAGAUUGGCAUUUCAGUAUAUCGAAAAUAUCAUCUGACCAUGACCAUCUCUCUGUGAGAAAUCAUAUCACUGGCUGUAAUAUGCAUCAAAAGCCAGAUGACUCUGAAUAUCUCAUGUUUGAGAACAAUAUAGCUGUGUAAAUAAACUAAAUACAGUCUCUGUGUGUAAAUACAUUGCAUUUACAUAUGUAACUGCAAGAUAUUUAGUUAUUGUUAGCAAGUAUACACUGAUGUAAUAUAUUCUGUAUUGAUGUUCUCAUCAUGUGGUUCAUCUAAUCCUUCAUAUACAUGUAAUUUUAUGCAGGCAUUAUAUUGCACUAUUUCAUAUGAUGGCAAUUUCACUGUUUUGACGUAAAAGUAUUAAAUGGUCAUAAUUUCGAAACACCUCUUUUUUUUUUGUCUGUUUUCUUUGGUCUCCUUUCCUUUUAAUGUCUUAAAGCAGCAUCCACACAUUGUCAGUUUGUAAUACAUUAACUGUUGUCACUAUGCAUACCAGAUCAAGAUCAUACACACUUAACUCGUUAUACAUUAAUCUGAAUGCGGCUUGUUAUAUAUUUUCAUACAUCUUCUAGUUAUUGAGAAUUGACCAGCUAUGUUUUCCUAAAUACUUGUAGUGUUUGUGUAUACUAGUAAUCUAUGGACUUUCACUCAUAACUCAAUUAGCUCUGAUCCAAAAUGGGACCACAAUGUGUUAUAUUUCUGACAGUAUCCUUCACAUACAGGUUUUUGAAAGGGGGCAACAUGGGGGAAAGAGCACACUAAGCACCAUGUUAUAUCUGAUCAUUAUUCACAUAAUAACAUUACAGUGUUGGCUUCACAGUUGCUCUAUAAUUCAUGAUACUCAGGAGAUUUGAGACAAAUACCCUAAACAUACAUAAUGAUAUCAUUUAUUAAGUUUAUAUGGGGUAACAGUGGCUUAGUGGUUUGUAUGUUUGCCUCACACCUACAGGGUUGGGGGCCUCUGCCCCAUGUGUGCGGAGCUUGCCUGUUCGCCCCGUGCUUUGGGGGUUUCCUGAACACUGACUGGCAUAUCCAAAUUGUCUCUAGUGUGUGAAUGUAUGUGCGAUGGGUUGGCACCCUGCCCAGUGUGUCCCCCACUUUGUGCCCUUGGAUAUUUACAUUUACUUUUUAUAGCAGACACGACUUACAUUUAUCUCAUUUAUACAACAGUGCAAUUGAGGGUUACAACAGUGGUGGCUUGAACUCCUGACCAGUAACCCAGAGCCUUCAACCACUGAGCCACUACUGCUCCCCUGCAACCCUGUGUAU